GACAAAUUCUUCGCGGGAGUCUGCUGGGCGGCAGCGGGGAGAUUUAGGGGAUGUGGCGUGGUAGUUUGCAGGUAUCUCAAGAGGGUGCAGUUUUGUCGCUUGUGCAUGAAGCGGUGUGGGGAAGCCUUCCCUGUCCUGUCAGUCGGUUGUUCCCAGAGUAUUAUAGGCCACGUGCGUGGACAGCUCCGCAUGUUUCCAGAACCUCCUGUUAUGUUAAUCUAAGUCCUUCUGUUGAAGAUGAAGCAGGAGUCCUCCCGAAGUCCUUCUUAUACUGUGGAAUGUGAGGACUAUGUGCAUGUGGUGGAAUUCAACCCAUUUGACAGUGGGAGUGCAGAAUCACUAAUAGCAUACGGAGGCAAUAAUUAUGUGGUUAUUGGGCGCUGCAGCUUCCAGGAAGAGGACGCAGAAGUGGAUGGAAUACAGUAUAAUACAUUAAGGACGUUUCAUCAUGGGAUUAGAGUUGACGCUAUAGCAUGGAGUCCAGAAACUAGGCUUGAUGCUUUACCACCUUUGCUACGAUUUUGUACUGCAGCUGCUGAUAGGAAAUUGAGGUUAUUCACAUCAGAUCUUCACGCUAAGAAUGAAUAUAAGAUUAUGGAAGGCCACUCGAGUUAUAUUAAUGAUUUGGUAUUUGCACCUAAAGGAGGUCAGGAAAUUGCAAGUGUGAGUGAUGACCACACCUGCAGGGUCUGGGACUUGGAGGGAAAUGUGAGAGCUUGUUUUGUUCUACGUUCUGCUGGAAUGAGCGUGGGUUGGCAUCCUGAAGAUGCAUUCAAGUUGAUGGUUGCAGAGAAGAAUGGAACAAUACGAUUCUAUGAUCUUGUGACUCAUCAGGCCAUUUUGUCCCUCACCACUGGUCAGACUCCACUGAUGUCAGCACACUGGUGUUUAAAAGAUACUUUUAAAGUUGGAGCGGUUGCUGGAAAUGACUGGCUUAUCUGGGAUAUUUCUCGAUCUAGCUAUCCUCUGGAGAAGAAACCUGUCCAUGCUGAUAGGGCCAACUCAUUUAGGUGGUCUACAGUCAACAGUAACUUGUUUGCUACUACUGGCUAUCCUGGCAAAAUGAACACUCAGCUUCUCAUCCACCACUUAGGACAUCCUCAGCCCAUCCUUAUUGGUUCAGCAGCUGUGGGAUCUGGCUUGACUUGGCAUAGGACGCUUCCAUUAUGUGCCAUGGGUGGAGAUCAUCAUAUUUUUUUCUGGGUGACAGAAAUGUAAACAUUUGUGUAUGGUUAUUGCCCAUGAAAUGGAAGAAGCACAUAUUUAAAAGCCACUAAUUUUAUAUUGCUGCAGAAUAACUGAUGUUUUCAUACAAGGAUCAAAGCACAUUUGCUUUUUGUUUUUUUUAAGAUUGCACAUGUAAAUAGUUCCAUUAAAUCAGGUUCUAUGUCUGAAAGACCAUUUUGUAAUAAAGCAUUGCUAUUUCUCCUGA